GGCUCGCGUAUCGCCAUGAAGCCCGCGUCGUGUUCCCCGCCGCACGCACUGGACUCUUUCGCUUUCGGCCGGGGGCUGGACCGUUGAAGUUGAAGCGGCAUUAGGGGCUGACCUGCACUGGCUUUACAGCCUUAAUCGCUCCGAUCUGACUGGGAAGAGAUGAGAGGUGUGACAGGACUGUGAUGAAGCUCCAGGACAUGAAGUGGUUCUGUUUGCUGGGCCUCUUCCUGGUUUCCCUGCUCGUCGUGUUGGCAUGGCUGGUCCAGUACUCCCUGACCGUCCUGCGCCUGUGGAGAACAAAGAUGGCCGAGCAGGGCAGGGGGGCAGCAGCCCGGCAGCUCCCCUUCAAGCAGUCCCAUCAGGCCAAGGACGGGCUUGGAUGGAGGUUCCUCCUGAAGCUCCGCUCGGCUUGUGAUGGAAGGCCGGUCGCCGAGGCAGGGGUCAAGGGCUUGCUUUCCUCCCUCUUCUCUUUCAGGUCGUUCAGGGAGCACUGGCAGAGAGCUUGGGUCAGAGCUCUAAAUGAGCAAGCCUGCAGGCACGGGAGUUCCAUUCAGAUCACGUUUGACUCGAGUCUCAAGAUAACGCCCUCUGCUGCGAUAGACAGCGUGACCUGCACCGACCAGUCACCACACCGCAUGGUUUUACAGUGUUUAUGCAGGGUGGACGCGGUGACAUUUCCAGUGACUGUCACCCAGCAGUCCCCGGCCGCUGUUUCCAUGGACACCUACCACAUCACGAUAGAGCCCAUGGUAGCACAGCUGACGGUGUGUUUGGAGGAGCUGGAGGAGGAGGGGCUGCUGGUGUCCUGGACCCUCUUCAAGCAGCCAGUGUUUGCCCUGACUGUCUCUUCAUGCAGGCUGCAGAGACAGGGCAGUGACGGCAUGGCAGAUCUGAACACGAUUAAAGAACUGGUGGAGGACACUCUGUUUAGCACCCAACCCGCCAUGGUCCUCAACCUCAAGACCAGUGUGUCUGAUCUUAUGGUCCCCACAGAUCAUCUGCAUGGGGGAUCGAACUCCGUAUUACAGAAUGUUGCUGUUCGACGGCUGCUGCUGCGGCAGCUCAGGGUAACCUGCCACAAAGAUCUGUGGUCCAGGCCAGGGGAGCUGUGCUGUGUGCUGAGCCUUGACCCGCCCACCACGGAAAAGAGAACCCACUUCCUGCCCGUCCCGAGUAACACUGCCGCCUCGCUGGAAUGGAACAAAGACAUCACUCUGGAUUUAGGCCCAGACACCAAAGAGCUGAGAAUAAGACUUCUGGAGCGGAGCAGGAAGCGGGAACAAUUCUUGCCUGGCCAUGCUUCCAUAGCCUUGGACCUUCCGUAUAAAAGUCCCACUGGACAACAUGUACUGUCUGUGGGCCCAGGCCAUGGCCUGUCACCCAACGCUACCAUCACCACAGAGCUGCUGUAUGUGGAAUCGGAGGAGCCUCACAGCAGCCACCCUGUUGCACCACUUCGUUCCUCACUCACUCCCACGAAGAAGGUAGACGUAGACCGAACCAUCACGCCAGAUGGAACCAUUAUAACCACUGUAACUACCAUCCAGUCCCGACCCAAACUAGACCGCAGCCCAGGCGAUUCCCCCAAGUGUUCCCCGUCCACUGUGGAGGUGACUGAGAAGAAGUCCACCUUCCUGUCUGAUGGCCAAGGCAGCACCAGCCUCACUCCCAGUGCAAGCAGCCCUCUCUCGAAUGGCUUGGAUCCGGUGGCAGAAACUGCUAUUCGGCAGCUGACAGAAUCUGCCAACAAAGUGGUGAGGAAGACGCCUACAAAAAGGAGCAUGCUCAUCAUCUCAGGGGUGUCAAAGGUUCCACUUUCGGAGGAUGAGAGCGCGUUAUCAACCGGCUACGCUGCAGCCAUGGAUGCAGCCUUGCACAGCAACAACUGCAGGGCGGGGCGUCAGCAGGACCAAGAUGAGACCACGCCGUCCGAUGUGUCAGAGCGACCGUCUGUCGAUGACGUGGAGUCGGAUACCGGCUCAACCGGCGCCUUAGAGACCCGCAGCCUGAAGGACCAUAAAGUGGGCUUUCUGCAGAGCGGGACGAAGCUGCUGUUCCGCAGAAGGCACCGGGAGACGGCCCCCAGCUUCAGCCAGUCCCACGAAGACGUCUCCAACUUGGGAAAUAACUUUGCCGCCACCGCAGCCGGCAGCCGCAAAAAGUCGGACAGCUUCUCCCGUCGUCUGAUCAAACGCUUCUCCUUCCGUUCGUCGGGCAAGUCGAAAAGCAAAGCCCCCGCCGCCAGCCCAGGGGCAAGCACACUGGAUGACUGAUCGUCCCGGCGGCGGUAGGAAACAUAUCACCUGAACUGUUCGACGACGCUGUUGUGAGAUAAAUCUAGUUUACCUCCUGAAAUUAAUGUGUGUUAAGCGAGUUUGACAGGAAGUGUGCUGCAGGUCGGAGGUCACCCAUACCUCACGGAUUCCUCUGGAAGGGGCCCCCUCUGGAUAAACGGCACUGCACCUUGAGGAGCAGAGGAUGUUCAUCACCCUUUUAACGUGCGGGGAGUUGCUUAUCAAACCUGUUUUGUUUUGAGGGGAGGUCUGCUGCGAGCUGAACCGGGUCGGGUGGAGGAGGACGAGAUGGUUGGGGUGAAACUGUGCUCUGUUGAGCACAAGUUCGGUAGAGAUGGUUGUCAUUGUGGAAUUGUUCUUGAAUUAUUUAAUGACAUACAAUGCCAGUAUGAUACUAUUGUUCGCACCUUGGACCCUGUUUGAUAUUUUUAAAGCGCGUGUAAAUUUCGUGUUAUUUUUUAUUUAUUCUGAUUUACAAAACGAGUGCUGUUUUAUCAGCAAACUCAUUCGUGCUACUUGCGUUUUACUGUGUACCAUUUUAUGUGUAUUUUUUCUUGCAAAGGUCAACUUUUUUUUUUUUUAAAGUAGAUUAAUAUAAUCAACCCAUUGGGGCGUCUGGGUGGUGUGGCGGUCUAGUCCGUUGCCUACCAACAUGGGGAUCGCCGGUUCGAAUCCCCGCGUUACCUCCGGCUUGGUCGGGCGUCCCUACAGACACAAUUGGCCGUGUCUGCGGGUGGGAAGCCGGAUGUCGGUAUGUGUCCUGGUCGCUGCACUAGCGCCUCCUCUGGUUGGCUAGGGCGCCUGUUCAAGUGGGAGGGGGUACUGGGGGGGAAUAGCGUGAUCCUCCCACGCGCUAUAUCCCCCUGGUGAAACUCCUCACUGUCAGGUGAAAAGAAGCGGCUGGCGACUCCACAUGUAUCGGAGGAGGCGUGUGGUAGUCUGCAGCCCUCCCUGGAUCGGCAGAGGGGGUGGAGCAGCGACCGGGACGGCUCGGAAAAAUAGGGUAAUUGGCUGCGUACAAUUGGGGAGAGAAAAGGGGGGUGGGGGCAAAAAAUUAAUAAAUAAGUAAAA